UUCAAUGUUUUAACUGUUCAAGGGAAACAUUUUUUCUGUAACUGUGACUUGCACUGGUUUGUGAAUACAUAUAUCCAUAGACCAAAUCUGAGAAAAUCUAAGAUGCAGUUUUCCACCAGAUAAAAGGAGUGCAUUGUUCCAUUGGUGUUCAAAUGGCUAUUACAGCUUGUACAGCCAUAUUGUCUAUGUCAGUAAUAACAGGCUUAUCUAGCAUUUUGAUGGACCCUGGAAAAAUGGGCUGGAAUUCGUGCAUGGUGAAAAGGAAACAAAGCGAAAAGAGGCCAGAAAAUAAGUUGUAUGAUGCCUUCAUUUCAUACAGUGAAAAUGACACAAGUUGGACUAAAGAGAAUUUUCUGGAAAAACUAGAAAUGAAUGGGUUUAAAAUAUGUUACCAUAAGAGAGAUUUCAAACUGGGGUAUCUGGUACUUGGUAAUAUUUUCUAUUGCAUAGAGAAUAGCCAUAAGGUCCUUUUUGUUUUCUCCCCCAGCUUUGUAAACAGCUGCUGGUGUCAAUAUGAACUGGAUUUUCCUGAACAGCAGGUCCUGAAUGAAAAUCAAGAUUCUUUCAUUAUGGUUGUGUUGGAAGACCUCGGAUCCAACAGUGUGUCACAGAAAUUCAGCAAACUCAGAAAACUGUUGAAAAGGAAAACCCAUUUAAAAUGGAGCCCAGAGGAACACAAAGAGAAAAUAUUCUGGCACCAGCUCACAGCUGCCUUAAAAACAUCCAAGGACCCACUUGUUUUGAAAACAGAUAAUGGACUGACACAAGAUAUGUACGAGAUGGAAUGUGACUAUUAGAAUACAUUAAGCUUGUGAUGUAACAUUUGCAGUCAAAUAAGGCAUAUUUGCAUAUUUAAUUUCAGCAAAGCUUUCCAUUUACAA